UUGUCCCGCGGUGGGCGAGCAGUAGCGGACCCUGAGGCGGGGGACGGCUCUCGGGUUUAGGGUCGCCCCGCGCUCUCGUCCUCGACCUCUAGGCCCAGGAUGGACCCUGAGGAGGAAGCGGCCGCCUUGGCGAUGGCGACGGGGCCGCCGCCGGGACGGCCUCAGGAACCCGUGACCUUCCGGGACGUGGCCGUGGACUUCUCCCCGGAGGAGUGGGGGCGGCUGGGCCCUGCGCAGAGGACGCUGUACCGGGACGUGAUGCUGGAGACCUUCGGACACCUGCUCUCCGUGGGCCCUGAGCUUCCCAAGCCUGAAGUCAUCUCCCAGCUGGAGCGAGGCGCCGAGCUGUGGGUGGUGGAGCGGGGACUCGCCCAGGGCUGCUGUCCAGGCUGGGAGCCUGGACCUGAAGCGCCGGUGCCCGCGGGGCAGGUCCUUCCUGAGGAAGCGCAGUCUGGCGCCCCCGGGGAAGGCUGGGGCUGUGGGGCCCCGGCGCCCCAGGAGGACCAGGAUGGCUCCAGGCCAGCCGAGUUCUGCCUCGAGGAAGCCCCAGCUCAAGGGAGGAGCCCCGAGAGCCUCAGACCCGGGGAAAGCUGUGUCCCGAGCUCAGACCUAGACCUGUUCCCCGAGAUUCCUGGGAGCGCCUCUUUCUGUACCUCCGACUCGCAGGCCACGGACUCCGGGGGUCCCUCCCGCGCGGCCGGCCCCCUCGCGGAGCUCGCAGCUGGCCCCACACCGGAGAAGCCCUACAAGUGCACGGACUGUGGGAAGUCCUUCAACCACAACGCGCACCUCACGGUGCACAAGCGCAUCCACACGGGGGAGCGGCCGUACAUGUGCAAAGAGUGCGGCAAGGCCUUCAGCCAGAACUCCUCGCUGGUGCAGCACGAGCGCAUCCACACGGGCGACAAGCCCUACAAGUGCGCCGAGUGCGGCAAGUCCUUCUGCCACAGCACGCACCUCACCGUGCACCGCCGCAUCCACACCGGCGAGAAGCCCUACGCCUGCCAGGACUGCGGCCGGGCCUUCAACCAAAACUCCUCGCUGGGCCGGCACCGGCGCACGCACACCGGGGAGAAGCCCUACGCCUGCAGCGUGUGCGGCAAGGCCUUCUCCCGCACCACCUGCCUGUUCCUGCACCUGCGGACGCACACGGAGGAGCGGCCCUACGAGUGCAGCCACUGCGGGAAGGGCUUCCGGCACAGCUCGUCGCUGGCGCAGCACCAGCGCAAGCACGCGGGGGAGAAGCCCUACGAGUGCCGCCAGCGGCUCCUCUUCCAGCAGGCCGCCCUCGCCGCGCACCAGUGGGCGGGCGCCCUGGGCUGCGACCCGGCCCUGGCUCCGGGCGAGGGCGCCCAGCGCAGUGACCGGCCCUUCCGGUGCGGCCAGUGCGGCAAGUGCUUCAUCCAGAGCUCGCACCUCAUCCGCCACCAGGUAACGCACACGCGGGAUGGGCCUCGCGGGCGGAAGCGGAGGCGGCCGGAGCAGCCCCUGGGCCGCAGCUCGCAUCCUCCCCUGCGCACAGCUGAAACUGUGUGGCCAGUGGUUUAUGGAUAUGUCCCCCGGUGCCUUCUGGGAGCUGAUGUCUGCGAAGGGGCCGCAGAGACAUCCAAUUGGACGUUCGCUGCAUGUUUGCUGUGA